AUGUGGAAAAGGCUCAAGUCAAGGAAGACUGAACCCAAGGCGGUUGAAGUCGAAGAUGGAAGGGGUCGGAGCCCGCAGCCCAAGAUCGUGGUGGACUGCGAUGACCAGCCAAGCCGAAGUGCGGCUUGCAGUGACUUUGGAGACCCCCUGAACAUGAAUGAUCGUUUCCCAAGCUUGAGGAGGAAGGCAUCCGUGCAAAGCAACAUUUCGGACGUCUAUGGCAAUUUGAUGCCGUCGUCGUCAUCGGCAGUUGCCAGGCAGCGCUCGCAAGACCGGAGAUCUGACCCUCUCGGCUUUACUGUCUUGUAUACGCCAGAGCCAGGGCAACGGACAGUCGACAUUGUGUUCAUCCAUGGCCUCGGCGGUACGAGCGUCCGGACGUGGUGCCGGAACAGAGAUCCGAGCUAUCUCUGGCCGAAGCAUUGGCUUCCUGACGAGACCGAUAUGUCAACUGCAAGAAUUCUGACAUUCGGCUACCAUGCCCAUUUCUCGUCGAAAAAGGAGCAGACGUCUCUGACGCUCAAUGACUUUGCGAACGAUCUUCUCUUCCGGAUGAAGUAUGACGAAGAGACAGAGGAGAGGCUGGGACAAGUACCAAUCGUAUUUGUUGCCCACUCCAUGGGAGGGCUUGUUUUCAAGAAGGCUUUUAUUCAUGGCUCAAUGAAUAAUGAAUACAAAGACAUCAUCUCCAAGAUCAAAGCGGUGCUCUUCCUUUCUACUCCUCACCGAGGCACAGAUCUUGCAGACAUCCUCAACAAGAUCCUCUCAAGCUCUGUCUUUGGCCACUCUCCCAAGGACUACGUCAACGAGCUGACCAAGAAGAGCCCCACCAUCGACGAGCUCAAUGAGCAGUUCCGCCACCAUGCUGCCAAGCUGCAGAUAUUCUCCUUCUAUGAGACCCUGACGACUACCGUUGGACCGCUAAAGACGCUCAUCCUGGAAAAGCACUCGUCAGUGCUCGGCUACCAGCACGAGACGCCCCAGCCACUUGUGGCAAACCACCACGACGUGUGCAAGUUCAGCAGCCCCGAGGACCCCAACUACCAGUCAGUCAAGGGCGCGCUUCGCAGCAUCGUAAACAAGGUGCGGUGCUCGACCGAGCACAACUGCGAGGAUGAGCGGGAUCUCUCUGUUCUCAGAAAGUGGCUGGGCGCUGGCAGUCGCCCCCACGAUGAUCUCGCAGACACCGGCUCAAACCGCAAGCCUGGGACGUGCGAGGGCUUGAUGCGGGCGCCUCAGUUUGGCAAGUGGCUCAACUCUGAGCUGCGAUGCCCCCAGCUGCUGUGGACGCAUGCACCGCCUGGCAGUGGCAAGACGUACCAGACGUCAUUUGUGAUCGACACACUGCUAGAAAGAAAUGCCAAGUGCGUCUACUGGUUCUUCGAGUACCGGGAUGCACGCAAGCGAUCCCUCAAAAACAUGCUGCGGUCGGUGGCAUACCAGAUUGCCGUUCACGAUCCGACGUACAGGAAGGCGCUUCUGGAUAUGCAACGCACCGGAACUCAGGUGGUGAAUGGGGAUGCUCAUUCAAUCUGGCGUAACGUUCUGGGUUCAAAGCUGUCAAGAUGCCAGUCUCGCAUUUAUCUGGUCAUCGACGCCCUGGAUGAAGCGGACUCGGCCAGAACUCUCCUGGAGCUCUUGGCCGGCCUCGGCAACAUCCAACUGAGCAUCCAGAUCCUCAUCAUGAGCCGCCCGCUAUCGAGUAUUCGAAACUCCAUGUUGCGGCUGCACAAGAAAGCGCUGAACGUUAUCUUCAACGAGAUGGCCUUGACCGACAACCUCGAAGACAUCCGGCUAGCCGUUACUGAUGAGAUGGAUGAGUUCCCAGGCGAAGAGGAGUUCAAACAGGACAUCAUCAAGGAGGUUGUCUCCAGGUCCGAGGGCAACUUCCUGUGGGCUAGCCUCGUACUCAAGCGGAUCCUCCAGUGCCACCGACAGGAAGACGUCAAGAGAGUGCUACACAGUACUCCGGACGGCAUGGACCAGCUCUACGAGAGGAUGGUGGAGGCAAUCGCCAGUCUCGACCUGGAGGAAGACCGCAACCUGUCCAAGAUUUUUCUCUCGUGGGCAAUGUACUCGGUCACACCCGUCAGCACAGAGGAGCUCAAGGGUAUUUACUCUGCUGAGCUGUCCUCCCUGAUUGACCUCAGGCACACCGUUGGUCAGCUUUGUGGAGAAUUUGCCACCCUUGAUGGCCAAGACCGUAUCGUCUUGGUCCACCAAACGGCACGCGAGUACCUUAAAGGCACCACUGCCCUACCCUUCUCACUGGCAGCUAGCGAAGUCAACGAGGAGCUCCUAUCUCAGUGCCUCACCUUGCUGUGUGAUCCGGCUCUCAAGGGCCAGAUGCGCCAGGCUAAAGCACCACAAUUCCUCGCUUAUGCCGCUGCAUCAUGGCAUAUCCACAUGGAACGCGCAUCUGUAGACUCGGAAAGGGUCCUCCAGAUGCUCGUCAAGUUCUUCCACGACAGCGCACCUCUGACGUGGAUUCAGUAUCUUGCCACCAACGAUCAGCUGCCGAUGUUGGUUGCAGUGUCGGCCUCAUUGCAAUCCUUUGUGCGCCGGCGCAAGAAGUCAGAUUCAAUCAAGCCUCCAACUAUGCACCGCAUCCCUGAAUUGGCCCUCCUGGAAGGCUGGGCAGUCGAUCUUGUCAAGAUGACGGGCAAAUUUGGCAAUCACCUCGUCGACGACCCAGAGGCAAUCUAUAAAUACAUCCCAUCACUGAGCCCCCAAAACUCGGUGCUUUACAGGAAGUAUGCCGACAAGUCAACCUCGAGGAUCUCAGUCACUGGGCUCUCGGGUGCUGAAUGGGAUGACUGCCUCGCGAGAGUGACCAACGGGUCUGACCCGUCGCUUCAUGUGGCUGUUUCUGCGCAGCAUUUGGCUGUAGCCAAUGACUCCCCCAAUGGGACGAUUCGUCUCUGGAGCAAUGUUAUCUUCCAAGAAGUGUAUACGUUCAGCCCCGGUGAGCCAAUUUGCUCCAUCACCUUCAGCCCGUCGGGAUCUCUUCUGGCUGUGCACGGCCUCGAUCACACCUUCAUCUGGAGGGUGGAUGACGGAGUUCUUCUGAACAAAGUCAACAAUCCCCAUCAAGACCGAGCAGACACCCUAGCCUUUGGACCUCAGGAGAAGUUCAUCAUAAUUUCCACCAACUUGCGUCGGGUGUACAGACUAGAUCUCGAAAGCGAGGACCAGCAGCUGUCCUGGAUCGCCUUUGACGAGUCACUGCUCGAAGAGACCGCCCUCCCAGAUGGGGCGUUCAUCAACUCGCCCUCGUCCAUGGCCUUCAACCCAGACUGCACCCAGCUCGCAGUAGCAUACAAGGGCUUCCCCCUCUCCAUCUGGAGCCUCGACCCACCGCAGAUGAUAGCCCGCUGCUCCGUCCGCCGCCAAGCCCAGGGCCACACCAACAACACCGCCUGGACGGGCGUGUCGCGCGUGGUGUGGCACCCCUUCAACGGGCAGGUCCUGGGCAUCUACCGCGACGGGCAGAUAUUCAAGUGGGGCCCCAUGGACGACACGCACGAGGAGGUGCGGCAGGAGCUGGACGCCACCCCGUCCGAGAUCACGGUCGCGCAGAGCGGCGCCGUCUUCGCGACGAGCGACGUCCGGGGCACCAUCAAGAUCUACGACUUCGCGCACAUGGCGCCCAUGUACAAGCUCACCAGCGACGACAUCAUCAAGGCCGUGGCGUUCAGCCCGGACAGCAGGCGGUUCUACGACCUGCGCGGGUCGUACUGCAACGUGUGGGAGCCCAACUGCCUCGUCCGGCUGGUGGAGGGCGGGACCGGUGCGGGAGGGGUCGGCGCCGAUGGGGGCAAGGACGACGAGAGCAUCACCAGCUCGGAGCUCAAGGAGCGCUCCGACAGCUGGAGCAUGGCGGCCGCGACGGACAGGGACGACUCGCGCAGCACGGUCACGUCCCUCGCCGCGUCCGAGGCGCACGCCGACUCGCGGCCCGCCAUCACGGCCGUCGCGCCCGCGCGGGAGAACCAGCGGCUCGUCCUGUACGCCAAGGACGACGGGACGGUCGAGCUGCUCGACUCGGGCCGGCAGCGGUCGCAUGUCCUCGCGCAGUCUGCGUACGGGAUCGGCGUGGGCCGUGCUGCGCUGGCGCCGAGGGGGAAUUUCGUUGCGUAUAGUCUGCUCAAUGGGAGGGUUACGGUCAAGAGUGCCAAGAUCUCGCUCAAGUCUGGGAAGCUCAUCGCCAAGGAGAUGCUGGUCGAGAAGGGGGACGUCGGCCGCGGGAUCGUCAGGCAGGUCCUCUUCCACGGCGAGGCGGAGCGGCUGCUGAUCUGCGGGUCGAAGAAGCUCGAGGUGGUCUGCUUUACGAAGGACGAUGUCAGGACGGUGACGCAAAGGGAAUUGGAUGAUGCGGAGCCGGAGGCGAACCAGGUCGCGAGAUGGGACCACCACCCUGCUGACCCCGGUCUGCUGCUUGCUUUCACUGCGAGCAGCAUCGAGGUCUAUUCUUGGGACAAUAUCACCCGGGCCAAGUACACUGUUCCCAUCGACCUUUCACACGGCGAGGGGUUGAUCUCACUGCUUCCCGAAGCACCAAGGCUCACCGUCGAGGAAAUCGUCCCCUCGUCCCACGACAAAAUCCACAUGGCGAUGGUCUCGUUCGAGGAGAACAACAACAAAGUCUUCGGCUUCGUCCUGCUCGACACCUCGCCCUUGCAUGGUGAGGACGCGGCUUCCGCGACGAUACUCCCGCUCGAGGUGCCAGAGGUGGUUGGGAAGCGGAUCGAGCAGCCGGUGGGGUUCCUUGAGGACGGCAGGCUCGUGUUCCUGGACGAGGCGCUGUGGGUGUGCACGACGAGGGUUGCAUCGCCAGGAUCUACUGGUCCUGAUACCGCUGCUGCCCCAGCCGUGAAGAGGCACUUCUUCGUUCCAAGGGACUGGCUCAACAGUGCAGGGAUGGCCCUGUGCCGCGUGCAGCCCGACGGGACGUUCCUGUGCCCCAGCAAGGGGGAGCUGGCGGUAGUCAGGGGCGAUCUGGGGACAGACUGGGGUGGGAUCUGA